AAUCGUACUCUAUCGAAGUGACGUAGCCGUAACGUAACCUGCCGAACGGCGCGCACCCACCUGUUUUUUCCGAGUGACGCGUUUUCCAUUUUUCAAUUGUUUGUAAAAAGUGAAAACGGUGUUAGAUAAAGUGAUCGGAGAGUUUUUUCAUGUGAAAAAUAUUAAUAGCAAUUGUAUUUUGUGCUUCUACAUAGUUACUAAAUACUUUCUCUAUAGUUUCUACAUACACCUUCUAGAACAGGUUUUCAAGAUGAAGACGGGGCUUGUUAUAAUCUUUGUCUUCGGCCUAAUGCAAGCUCUAUGGGCGGCUCAAGUCGACGUGGUUAACAAAGAACUUCUGGUACUUCCUGGUCAAAACGCGACAUUCCUUUGUCGCGUCGGUGUAGCUCUCCAGUACUGCAGAAUAGAACUACCUGGAGGAAGAACUUUCAAUUUAAACAAACAAUUACCUUCAAACAGUGAAGUUUCGUAUUAUGGAAAUGGUUUAGAUGCUGGACAAUGUGGUGUCAACAUCCACCAAGUGACUGAAAAAGACAAUGGCGCUGUAAAAUGCACUUUAGGUAUACCUAGUGAAACCGCAGAAUCAGUAGGAACAAUGUCCCUCAUUGUAGCAAAGGCGCCAAAACAACCCGAAUUAGAUUUAAGUAGAGGAACUGAUUCGUUGAGAGUAUACAAAAUUAACGAUGUCUUAGAAGCUUCUUGUAUAGUUAGAGAUGGACGACCAGUAGCUAAUAUCAGUUGGUAUUUAGACGAUGAACCUAUCGAUAAUAUGGCUUUGAGGAUGCCCACUGUGAUCGAUCUCGCGAAGGAGAAUCUCCAAUCGACUGUACAAAAUUUCUCGAGAGUCUUACAACCAAUCGAUAAUGGGAGAUUUUUGAGAUGCGUCGCUUUUCAUCCCGCUUAUCCAGGCGGACAUUCCGAGACCAAAAGACAACUAGAUGUCAAAUUUCCACCUCUACCCAUCGAAGAUCCCAUCGAUAAAUUCGGUUAUCAAAUUGGAAAAGUUGGACUUAUUAAUAUAACCAUCGAAGCUAAUCCUAAACCGAGAAUCGAAUGGACAGUCGGAGGUCAACUGAUUAAGGAAGGAUCUACUGAUAAUACAGGUAGAAUUGAAGCAGAAGCUAUUAGAGAUUUGGAACGAGGUAGAUACGAAGCGAAUCUUAGAUUGGCAGCUGUUACAAAACAAGAUACCGAAGUAGAAUACAUUCUAACAGCUUACAACGAUCAAGGAUCGCAAACGUACCGGAUCAAAAUUUCCACAAGCCCUGAACCCGAAGGCUUUAAGAAAUUCUUUAGGCAAAAAAUAUACGGUGUUGAAUUAGGGGUAGGAGCCAUAGUAGGAGUGGUAGUUUUGGUACUUUUCAUAAUUCUUUUGGUAUCCAUCUUGAUUUUCGCAAAAAUGACAGGAAGAUGGUGUUUUACUGGGGGAGCCACAGUGAUCGACUACACGACAGGCGAAAACGGCCAACCCCCGCAUUCCGAUGGUGUAUCGGGCGACGGAGUCGACAAUCCCCAUCAUCAAGUUUCAUCUGAAUACAUUAACGGCAGCGAUCUGCCUAUAAAAAAAGACGAAAAAGUUGAUACGGCCGUGUAAUAGUUUUUAAUUAAUGACGUAUUAAUUGAGAAAAAUCACGGGGUGUUACUUUUUUAUUGAAAGAUCUAUUUAAAAGUUUAUCCAUAUUGUAAUAUUCGUAUUAAUACGUGGAUUUAUUUCAUUUUUCUUUUAUGUUUUAAAGUAUAAAAAAAGUAACAACUCUAUCGGUGUAUUAUCUACGAAAAAAUUUAACAUUUCGAAUGUUAGGUUAUAUUCAACUUUGUCGAUAUUUUUUUGAGGUUAGAAUUUAGUGUGAUAAGAGGUCAAUCUGUGUUUGCGUAUGCAGCUAAUAAAUGGACAUUAUAUAUAUAGAUCUAUAUAUAUAUAUAUUAUAUUUGUAAGUUUAUUUUAUAGUAUAAAAAAGAAAUAAUUGUGUUGGGUAUAAUUGCUUGUAGUAUAUUUGGACUGAUGAUAUUUAUAGUAUCAAAUUUUGAAAAAAAUAAUGUAAUCAAAAUUAUUGUGCGUCGAGAAAUAAAAAGAAAUCAGUCUCUUGGUCCAUUUCAUUCCAUUUUGAUACAUUUCCAAAAAUCACUUUUUGAAUUCCAAAUAUAUUUAUGUAUUUCGAGAUAAACAUGACAACACUGUACUAUUACGUACGUACAAUGUUGUAACGUUUUUAAUGGAGUUAUUUCCGUUCUAAUAUACGAAUUGACUGCUAUUUAUAGGUUAGAUAUUUUUCAAAAUACAAAAAAAACGUUGUCUAUUUCUAUUUAGAACUUAUAUGUAUAUAAAAUAUAUUAGUUUUAUUACUACAUAAGAUGUUGAACAUAAACUACAAUUAUAUUCGUUGCCUUUCAAAAUCAGUUAUUCCAAACUAUGAGUUUAGAUUUUUUUCUUGAAUUUUACACUUAUUUUUUCAUUUAUUUGUAGUUUAUGCGAUACGCUUUGAACUCAGCAAAUAUUUUGUUCGAAAAGUAGGUUGCUAUUCGAAACAAAAAUAAUCUUAUACUGUUUUCAUUACCACAUCUAAAAUAAUGUUCUAUGGGUUCCAUAACCUCUAUCAAAACAUCCAGAAACUUAUUACUCACUUUAUUCCCAUGAUAUCGCAAUAAGACUUAAUUUUUGACCACCUUGUAAAACGUUAAUAAUUCAGAAGUACCAACUGUUUUUAUAAAUGUCAAGUUUCUCAAAACGCGAUGUAAAAUGUAAUCUAUGGGGUUUUUCCUUCUUGUUUUAUUCCUUUCUCUUUAAUCCCAUUUGAUCCGAUCAGUAGUUCAUUUGUCUUUGAUCCCAAUUGUGCAUACGUUCGUUUAUCUUUGAAUUCAUCCAAUUAGAUCAAUGGUUCAUUUGUCUAUGAUCUAGUGGUUCGUUUCUCUUUAAUCCCAUCUGACCCGAUCAGUAGUUCAUUUGUCUUUGAUCCCAAUUGUGCAUACAAGUCGUUCGUUUAUCUUUGAAUUCAUCCAAUUAGAUCAAUGGUUCAUUUGUCUAUGAUCUAGUGGUUCGUUUAUUUUAAAUCCUAUUUGAUUAGAUCAGUCAUUCAUUUGUCUAUUAUCUACAGCUAUUAGAUCAGUUGUUGUUUGUUAUUCAUUCAGUUGUUAAUUCUUCUGCGAUUCUCAUUUAAUCCUUUAUCUUAUUUAUUUGUUUAUUCGUCUGUGUUCUCAUGUGAUUUAAUCAGUUUCUCGUUUGUCAUUCAGCUCAAUUGUUCACAGCAGUGGUUUAUUAUCUGUGAUAUUAUGUGAUCUGAUCAGUUGUUUGCUCUGCAUCUAAUUUUCUUCAUAUCAUUAGAUCACUCAUUCGUUUGUCUGUGAUCUGAUUUGAUUAGAUCAGUUGUUCGUUUGUCCUUCAUCUCAUAUAUUCAUAACAGUGGUUCAUUUAUUUUGAUCUUACUUUUGAUUAGAUCUGUUGUUCAUUUAUCUGCGAUCUCAUGUGAUCAUUUUAAUGGUUCGUUUAUUUUAAAUCCCAUUUAAUUAGCUCAGCAAUUCGUUUGUCUAUGAUCUCAUUUGCUUAUAUCAAUAGUUCGUUUAUCUUUGAUCCCAUUUUUGUUAGAUCUAUGGUUCAUUUGUUGAUAUCAAUGGUUCGUUCAUAUCAUUUAUUUAGAUCAGUGGUUUAUUUAUCUGUGGCUCGUUUAUCUUUGAUAGCAUUUAAUUAGAUCACUCAUUAGUUUGUCUGCGAUCUGAUUUGAUUAGAUUAGUUGUUCGUUUGUUCUUCAUCUUUUGUGUUCAUUUCAGCGGUUCUCUUAUGUUUAAUCUCAUUUGAUUAGCUCAGUAGUUCGUUUGUCUAUGAUCUCAUUUUCUUUAUAUCAGUAGAUCGUUUAUCUUUAUUCCAAUUUGUCAUAAGAUCUAUGGUUCAUUUGUCUGCGAUCUCAUGUGAUCAGAUCACUUGAUCGUUUGUUUGUGAUCUCAUUUGAUAUGUUCGGUAGUUCGUCUCAUAUUAUCAAAUUUUCUUAUUUUGUUUUACUUUUGUGCUUUUAUUUGUUUGCUUUUUCAUUUUCUAUAUAUUAAUAUUUUUUUCGGAACAAAAAUAUUUAUUCUAUCAAGUCUUCCAUUACGUCUCUUCUAAGUCUUCCAAAAUGUAUUAUAAUGAUUCAAUUGAUUCCAGAUUUUGUUACUUUGUAAAAUUAAUAAUAAAAAAUAGCAGCCUACUAAUUUGAUAUAUGGGCAAUUCUUAAAUCAUUUAAAGUUUUUUGAAUCGCCCUGUAUUGACAUUAUAUUUACCGAGUUCCUAACUUAAGUGUUUCACUGGAUAAAAAUAUAUGAUAAGUACCAUUUUAUUGUGAAAUAUUUUAAAACUAAGUUAAAUCGAGCGGUCCAAUUUUCUUUUUUUUAUCUCAUUGUAUAUUAUUUUAUUAUUUCUCUAAUAUGACAUUUAAUUAAGGAUAAAUACUCAAUAUUUUUUAGUGAUUUACUAUUUUGUAUAGAUUUAAAUUAUUUAUAUUGUAAACUCUUUUUACAAAUUUAUUAAAAUAUCUUUAUACUGCCAUAUUUAACCAUCAGAUUUUAACACUGUAAUCAAUUUUUCUUUUGUUAAAAGUCGAAUUUACAAAAAAAUAGUUUUCCAAAAAACCAUUCUUCUCAAAUUCUUUUCUGUAGUGUUAAUGAAAAGUACAUUUAUAUUUGACAGCCAUAAUAGAAGUUUUUAAAUUUAAUCUUGAUGUCAUUUAACACGUUCACUGAUGGAUAUUUGCUAAGCAAGAUUUAUCAACAUAACUUGCCACAAUAAUUAUAGUUUCUUCUAAUUCCAUGCCUUAAUAAUAAACAAUACAUUUUUUGAAGAUUCCAGGAUACAAAAUACAAAAUUUUUUUUUGCUUUUGUCAUCAAGAUUGAAAUUAUCUAUCUACUACUUUAUCUUAACAUGUCAAAGACUUUCGAAAUCCAAUUUUGAUUUGUGGUAUAUUUCGACUUCUGACUUAAAAAAAAUAAUUUAACAUUCCAUGUUGUAUUCUUAUUGUGGUUAUGAUGAACAACAAGCACUACAAACUUUACAAUUUUUUCACUUUAUAAGUAUCAUAAAUAUUGAAAAUCAAAUUCAUAAUUAUUCAUAGAAUUUGAAUGUUAUAAAACGAACUUUAUUAAUAAAUGGGACAAUAAUUAUUAUUUUUAUUCAUUUAAGAAGGGAAAAAUAACAAGUUUACACAUUUUUUUAGAAAAAAAUCGACUAAUAAUGAAUUUUUGGCUACUUAAAAAAGUUUUUUUUUUAUUUAAUUACUUGCAAAAGUUUUUAGCUUCCAUUUUACUCGGAAUUUAUAAAAAAACGAAUAUUUUCGAACUAAUUGCAAUAAAAAUCAAAAAUAUAAAAUUUUUCUCAGCAAACCUAAAAAAAAUUAUAUAUCGCUUUCUCGAAUUAUUUUUCUUACUCUAAGAAAUAUAAAACACCCUGUACUACUCACUUUUUUUGUUAUUGAAUCCAGUCAAUUAUAAUUAAAUAUUGGUUAUGAAACCAUACAAUUUGAUUUUCAUUUUGAUAUAAUGAAAAUAUUAUUUUCCAAUUAGAUCCUCGACAUUAAGAUUGUUACAAUUUACUUUUUUGUUCACUUCUUCAUUGUCUCAUUAUGAUCGUUGUAUUAACAAUAAAUAAUUAGUAAUUCAUCAAAUUUAAUUAGUUAUGGCAUAGCAACUUUUUUUUUUCAACUAAAUUAUAACAAAAUGACAUUGUAAACAACAAUUUUUGAUAAAUACAGAGUUGCCAAUGUUGAAAACAGUUCCAAAGAUAGAGUUGCCAACGAGAAUUAAAGUAUAUUUAUGUCGGAGAAUAUUUGACAGUAUUUUGCUAUUAUUUAAUAUUUUAAAUAAAUGAAUUUGUUUAGAACUUCUCGCUUAACUAAUUAAUUAACAGUCUUUUUUGAAAAACUCCUACGUUUCACUACAAUUGUGACUGUCUCGAAUAUUUGACAUUUGACAGAUUUGUAUCGAAACUAUUAAUAUGAUUUAUUUAUGACUGCACAGCACUUAACACUCAUUUUGGAUAAUUUAUUUUUAUUUACUUUAUUUUCUAACAUUCAAAACUUAAUAUAAUUAAUGAAGACUAUUUAGUUGCUUUUGAUUUUGAAUACUUUAAUUUUAUUCACUUUAUUUUCUAGUAUUCAAAAUAUAAAAUAAUUAAUGAAGACUUCUUUAAAAACUUUUCGCGUUUCACUACACUGUUUGGCAUAUUUGACAUUUGACAGAUUCGUUUUGAAACUAUUAACUUCUAAUGCCAUCGAAGGCCAAAAACCUUGUUAACAUGGUCCACAUAGGUUGCAAGCUCCUAGAUUGUGCAUUUCGUGCCGUACAUUACACAUGAGCACGAGAUCGAAUUGUCAUAUUUUACUUUUUGAUUACAAAUAAUUUGAAGUAGUGUUUUCUAUUUUCAUAUUAUGUUUCAUAUUAAUUUAUAUUCAUCGUUUACUUUUGUAUUCAUAAUAAAUUAAAAUAUGGCCCAAUUGAACUUAACCUCAAAAAACUGAGCCAACACUCAUUAUUCUAAGCAUUUUGAUGAUUUGACAUUGACAUUCCGAAACUCGAUUAAUAUGAUUUGUUGAUAGCUGCACAGUACUCAUAGUGCUAAGUAUUUUAAUGCUUUUGAUUUUGGAUACUUCACAUUAUUUUCUAGUAUUCAAAACAUAUAAUAAUUAAUCAAGAAUUACGGUAUAUAUUUAUCGUUUAAAGCAAUUAUACAUUUAGUUUAGAAUAUCCAACUUGUCAAUGAAGUGUCAAUAAUAUUUUUAUUUCAAAAUUUUCAAGCGGACUGUUGACAUUGAUUCACUCUGUAUAUUUAUCACGUAGAAUUUUUUUUUGUGAAAGUCACUAAAUUCCAGUUAAUUAAGUACUUAAAAUAUAGAUAUUACAUAAAUUAAUGUAAAAAUUUUUGUAUGUUAAAUAUAUUCGUAAAAAUAUUUAGAAUAAGUUGGACAAAUCACUUAUAACUUGUUUUAUAAAUAAAUAUAUUGAUUGAAAUAUUA